UAGUCAUGUUAUUCCCUGCGUUACAGUAACUGUGCUGUGACUCCAUUAUUAUAUAACACAGGAUGUGCCAAAGUCCAUAAUAAAAAAACAAAACAAAUGCAGCAAAAAAACAAAACAAAAAAAAAAGCAGCAAGCGGUGUCUCACCCAAGUUAUGUGAUUUUACCUUUUCUUUAUUUGAUUUUUAUGUUUUGAGGUUUGGAGAUAAGGACAUUAUUUUAAACAUCACACAAAAGUCCCGUUUUGAAGCCCCACAUUUGCACAUUUAGGCUAUUUGGUUCAGUUCAGCUUAAUUCAGUAAUUUGUUAUUGUCCCUACUGGGAAACCUGGUAAACAAUACACAAGAACCACAAUCCUCUAGUAAUAAUCACUAAAUUAAUUUAAAAAAAAACAAAAAAACAAGCCACUUUGCCUUGGGAGACACGACCAACUUCAGAUUCAUUGUGUGUGUCUGGGUUUAGCUUUGGGCAUUUCGCCACAUUAAGGUUACUGAGGCAUCUGACCCAGAUGGCUCCUGGAGGCCUCCUAGAUAAGAAGUUUCAAGCAUGUCCAACUGGUAGGACACCCACGAGAAGACGCAGGACAGGCUGUACAGUUUCUGUCUCUCAGCUGGAUCAGAAAUGCCUCAUUUUGUCUUCCUAGACGAGGUGGAGGAGGUCUGGGCCUCUCUGCCUAGACUGCUGACUCCUGCAAAGAGGCAGAAAACAGAUAGGUGAUUACGUUUUUAAUGUUAAAGGAGACCUAUUAUGGUCAUUUCCAGCUUUAUAUUUUUGCUGUCUGGCUCUACUAGAGUGGCUUUGCAUGACUCACAGUUCAAGCUGGUCUGUAGAAGUGUUUGUGUGGUAGUGCCAGCAACAUGAAUGCCAGGACCCAGGGUUUCCCAGCAGAACACAAUGCACUGUUAUGCGAUGAUUAAUGUGAUUCACUUAAAGCCAUCAGGGGUUUAUUGGUAAUAUUGUAGCUGAAUUCUCAUUAAAAAUAUGUAUGUUGUAAUAAACACAAGAACUGUGCAGAAUGUGUAACCAGUGAAAUUAGAGCUGUUUCACCUUUAAUAAUUAGGCAAAACAUUGCUGAUCAGCACAGCUGGAAGCGAAUUUCUCUCUGUCAGUUCAUCAGUUAAUAGUUUUAGCCCCACUCUGCUUGAUUUUUUUGUGAUUCACACUUUUUAAGUCGUUUACUCUAAAUUAUAUGCUUUAAGAAAAAAAUAUCUGUGUUGCAAAAUGAAGAAUUUCCUUUAACAUAAUUUGAAAAGGCAAGAAAGAAAGAAAAUUCAUAAUUACUUUUUAAUUUUUUUGUGUGAAAAUAAUGUGUGAUAGAUGUAAGUGAUCAGUCUUUGUAAGUGUUUGUCCUGCUGCUGUCACCGUGCUCCUUCAGCUCCUAAUUAUAGACGUCUUGUUUCCCCCCCAACAUCCGUCAUUUCCUGUUUGUCCUGUGGGAACCGAGGGGACAGACAAACACACACAUAUACACACACACACACACACACAUACAUUGUAAAGGGUUCCUGUUCCUGAGGGUCUGUAGAUCCACUCAGGAAGGUGGUGAGGCUGAGGAGGCUCAGACUGUGGCUGAGGUGGUGAAGCAGGAGUACGCAGGCGGAGAGAAGCAGCGGGCAAAAGAAGGUCAGAAAAGAGAAGAGGAGGUGCAGAAUAAGAGGCUUUUGGAUCAAGAACCUGGAGAACUUUAACAGAAUUAAAAGAGGUGAAAUAAAAUGUGACUGUGAAGGAGGUGAUUCACAGGAGGUGGGACGAACAAAGGAGAAAUUAUUUCGAGUGCUGUCCAGCAUGUAAAGAGGAGAAAAGAAAAGAGGGCGAAUGUGACUUUGGGGUUAAAAGAAAGGGACCUGGAGGAAGAGGAGAGGAAGAAAGAGGAGAAUAAGGAGCUGCAGAGUUGAUUACAAGUGUGUUUGAGGAGCUGAUCCUGAUGAUGGGCUGCUGUUUGUUUGUUUACUAUCGGAAGAAGAGGAAACAGGCCAACAGAGAUGCCGACUCCCUCAGUCUCUGCAGUCUGGAAAUCAAUGAGCCCAGCACCAAGCGCAGUAAGCCUGUAUCCCGGGUAGCGUCUCUGGCCAGCCUGCUGCCCCCCGUCAAGACAACGCCGCUGAAGAGGAUUGGCCAGACACUGCAGCGCACCAUCAGUCUUCGUAAUGAGGCAGAGAGAGCUGCUCCUCCUCCUCCUCCUUCCUCCUCGACAAAGACACGUGUUAUCUCAGCGACACUCUCGAACCCUUCGUCCUCCAUGACUGCCCCGAGGGUUUCAACCGCAGCUGCUCCGGCCUCCAAGCGUCGGGACAGCAAGCUGUGGAGCGAGACAUUUGACGUCCGACUGGGAGCAGCACAACCUCUGAGCCCCAAAGAGAUAAAACGACAAGAGGCUAUAUUUGAGCUGGCUCAGGGCGAGCAGGAUUUGGUGGAGGAUCUGAAGUUGGCCAAGAAGGCCUACCACGACCCAAUGCUCAAGCUAUCCAUCAUGACCGAGCAAGAACUGAACCAGAUCUUUGGUACUCUGGAAUCACUUAUACCUCUGCAUGAAGAUUUGCUGAGUCGCCUCCGAGAUGCCAGAAAACCUGACGGGUCCACAGAUCAUGUAGGACAUAUUUUAACUGACUGGCUGCCGUGCCUCUCUGCCUACACGCCGUACUGCAGUAACCAGGUCAAAGCCAAGGCUUUGUUGGACCAGAAGAAGCAAGAUCGGCGAGUCCAGGACUUCUUGCAGCGUUGUCUCCAGUCACCUUUUAGCAGGAAGCUGGACCUGUGGAACUUCCUGGACAUCCCCCGCAGCCGGCUGGUGAAAUACCCACUGCUGCUCAGAGAGAUCCUCAAGCACACAGCCAACGACCACCCAGAUCGACAGCACCUCGACGAAGCGAUGCUGAUGGUUCAAAGCGUGGUAGCGGACAUCAACAGGCAGACAGGAGAGUCGGAGUGUCAAUACUACAAGGAUCGUCUGGUGUACACAGAGGACGGACAAAAGGACGAACUCAUCGACCGCUCCAAGACCCUCAGUUGCCAUGGAGAGCUGAAGAACAACAGAGGACUCAAGCUCCACGUGUUCCUUUUCCAGGACGUCCUGGUCAUCACCAGAUCCAUGUCGUCAAACGACCAGCCAGUCGGCUAUCAGCUCUGCCGCCAGCCAAUCCCCAUUCGUCAGCUGGACCUGGAAGACCUAUCAGAUGGCGAGAUAAGAGUGGGCGGAUCCAUCAGAGGGGCCUUCAGCAACAAUGAACGAACAAAGAACUUCUUCCGGGUUUCAUACCGUACUGGAGGCCAACUGCAGAGCCACUGCUUUCAGGCUAGUGACGCCUUCAACAAACAACAGUGGAUCAACUGCAUUAGACAAGCCAAAGAAGCUGCAGCACUGACUGGAGACCAGCUGCCACAGACGGGACAUUGUCCAGAGACGGGGGUCAAUGAACAACCAGGGCCACCUGUUGAAACAGUGGGGCUGUGGGGUGUGAAAGGACAGGGCUUGGAGGGAGAGGCAGGUCUGCAUGGACAGCAAGAGCUUGGACUGAGGGAUGGAGAUGGGCUGGGUUUAACUCAAGAGACAAUGACGGGGAAGGAGAUGGAGGCAGAUUUGGGUUUGCAUGGUAAGUCGGAGAUGGACGGAGCACUACAGCUUGUGAUCAGUGAAGCAAAGACAGGUGUGGAGAUGGAGGGAAAUCAGGGUGUUGGUGUGGAGAUGGGAGCUGAACCAGGAGCCACUGUAGACUUUAAGGUGGAUGAAGCGGGACAGACUCUCAGCAGAUGUGAAGAUGCAGUCUCCAUUUCCCUCCUCUCCUCUUCAAUUCCCAAACAAGUGGAGGAUGAAGUGAUGGAGGAGGAGCGGAGCAGUGCUGCAGAAGAAAGAGAGGAUGGUAUGGACACUGGCGAGAUGGACUCACUGCAGUGCCACAGGUGCUGAUAGGACAGCAUGAAUCAGGACUGGAACUAAACUCAACCAACUUUGGUAUUUAGUAAUGAUGUAACUAACAAAAAGCCAAAUGAAAAGUAUAUGAACAAACUUCUUGGGAGAAGUCACGAGACCAACCGGUGCUCACUGCUCACAGACAUACUGCUCAGAAUUAAGCUGAAGGUGGUAAAUGCUUAUACUGUGAUAUGUAUGUAAGAUGUUAAGUCCAGGAGAUAUGGUGAAGUAACAAAAAUGUGCUCCAGGUGAAAUAAAGACUCAGAAAAGGCCAAAUUCAAACAACAUUAGAUCAAAAACAUUAAAUAAAGAAGACAACUGGCCACUGUAUCUGAUGAGAACAGAGAUAAGAUGACAGCAAACAUUACACAUUUAGAAAUAAGUAUAUCUCAAGGAGAUGAGUCAGGAGGAUACACACUUAUUCUCCACAUCGGAGUAAACAGUCACUCCCUAGCAAUGUAAAAACAUUGUUAGGCAGGCAGUGAGACACUCCUCUCCCUUAGGUUAAAUACUCCCAGGACAGUCUCACUGCUGCACCCACUCUGGUUGACCCACGGAUGCAAAAAUAAAAGUCCCUAUAAAAACCUUGGUGAAUUUAGAGUUUUGACUGUUUAAGGAGAAUUGAAAAAGUGAAAUAGAGGAAAUGAUGUUAGCAGUUGCUAAAUGGUGUGUGCAAAGGUUGGUCAUAAGACUGAGGAUUGGAAGUAAUCGUCUCCCGUGCUGCUAUCUGCUGUGUUCUAACUGCAGUUAGCCAUGGAUGUUGUUAAGAGGACUGGAUACCACACCCUGUGGAAGUUGCUCACCAGGCACACACUGCUGAAAGACUGCUCAAAGGCCCUCCCUCACAGGUUUCCUUUCCAGCUCCCCCCUGGCUCCAUCAUAGCUAACAUUAACUCACAUUUUGUACUGGACCCGCCUUUGAAGAAAUAAAUCCUGUUCCAACCACCCCUUACCAGCAGCAGAGCUCAACAGUCUUUAUAGUGGUGACCAGGCUGAGAACACUACUUUCACCGAAUGAUAACAAAACGUAUGUCUCCAUUUACUGUAGAAAUCAUCAGUUAUUUGGUUACUCUUAUGUUUGGGGUUAUGAACACAGAAGUAUGGGGGUUGCUCCUGGACAGGCUUCUCCUGGAUAGGCUACUGCUCACCUCACUGGUCCUGUGAGGUGAGCAGUAGUGGAAAACAGAAAACUGGGAAAUGUGAAAACACUCUUAAUUGUGCCAUCAUCUCAUGUAUUUUUGCUCAUUGAUAUAUUUUACAUACCAAUUCUGUUGUAUAGAUUGGUGGAGACACAGACUGUAUGUAAAACGUGGACUCUUCUGGUUGGAAAAAUAAGUCUGCAGAAUGCCAUAAUUUCAGUCUCCAAAACUAAAGGAGAGAUGUGUUGGAUGGUUUGUACCAAACAGGAAAUUACAGUAUUCUUAGAUAAUUCCUUUAAAAGCAAAGCAACAAAUCCCCUACUUUGAGCCCAAAAGCCCCCCCCCCCUGUUCAGUUGUUAUGGAGGGAAAGAAACUAUUCAAUGAAGCCAAAACAUUAAUUGUACCAGGCUGUAAAUAUGUGGUUGUUGGGCAUCUUUGCAUGGGGAGACUAUGGGGAUUGAUUUCCUUUUGGAGCUAGCCCCAAGCGGCCAUGAGAGGAACUGCAGUUAUUGGCAUUUGUACAUUGGCUGCAUUUUUCAGCUCUGGCGGACGUCACUUGGUUUUCAUGUCCUGUUUUAGUUUUCUUGUCAGAUGUGGGAUCGCUUCCUCCUCUGCUGCUGUGUUUCAAAAACUUUUUAAAGCAUGUCUGAAAACACUGGAGAGAACUCAGCUGUACAUUCCCUUUUAAUGAGUUAGCAGACUUUAUUUAUCUUCUGUGUUCUGUAGAUUUACAGUUUUUAUCAUGUAUCCCAACAAUAUUUUGUUAAACUGAAGUAGCCUGCAGCAGCUGAAGCUGCUGCUAAGUGAAAUGCUCUGUGUUCAACUCUGCAUUAAAGAAGGAGCCUGUUGUACAUGUACUGUAUGUAUAUAAAGAAUGUAUAUGAAGUAUUUGUGUAAUAUGAAUGAAGGGGGGAAAAAAACAA